GGUCCCUCCCACGUUGGACAGUCCGGGCCCCAUGCCCAGCGGCUGACACUUGGGGGCGCUCAAUAAAUCUAGCGGGACUGAUUCCGGCGCUUCCUCCGGACAAGUUCGCCCCGUUGCGAGGCGGGAACUCGCCUACGAGAGAACUCGCCUACCGUCCUCGCGCGAGCCGAGGCGCCCCCAGAGCGGACACGGGAAACCCACCCGCGACUCCACGGCUAGCCCCAGAAGCCCGGCCCCGGAGAAGAUGGCAGAUGAUCAAGGCUGUGGUGUGGAGCAGGCAGCUGGGGACACAGGCAGCCCAGAUGCAGUUGAUGCCAAGCCAGACCGGUCCUCCUUUGUCCCAUCACUCUUCAGUAAGAAGAAGAAAAAUGACCCGGGGAAAUCAAUCAAGGCAGCCCAGGAGCGAGUGCCUACAUACCAGUAUAACAUGAAUUUCGAGAAGGUGGGCAAGUGCAUCAUCAUAAACAACAAGAACUUCGACAAAAAGACAGGGAUGGGCGUCCGCAAUGGAACGGACAAAGAUGCCGAGGCUCUGUUCAAGUGCUUCAGAAACCUGGGUUUUGAUGUGGUCGUCCAUAAUGACUGUUCUUGUGCCAAGAUGCAGGAUCUGCUGAAGCAAGCCUCUGAAGAGGACCACAGAAAUUCUGCUUGCUUCGCCUGCAUCUUGCUAAGCCAUGGAGAGGAGAAUUUAAUUUAUGGGACAGAUGGCGUGACAGCAAUAAAGGACUUGACGGCCCAUUUUAGGGGGGACAGAUGCAGAAGCCUUCUAGAGAAACCCAAACUCUUCUUCAUUCAGGCUUGCCGGGGGACAGAGCUCGAUGAUGGAGUCCAGGCCGACUCGGGGCCGAUCAAUGACGAAGAUGCCAAUCCUCGAUACAAGAUCCCCGUUGAAGCCGACUUCCUCUUCGCCUAUUCUACAGUUCCAGGCUAUUACUCAUGGAGGAACCCAGGAAGUGGGUCUUGGUUUGUACAAGCCCUCUGCUCCACCCUGAACGAGCAUGGCAAGAGCCUGGAGAUCUUGCAUAUCCUCACCAGGGUGAACAACAGGGUGGCCAGGCACUUCGAGUCCCAGUCUGAUGACCCCCACUUCCAUGAGAAGAAGCAGAUCCCGUGUGUGGUCUCCAUGCUCACCAAGGAACUCUACUUCUGAAAAAAUAACCAUUUCAGGGAUGCAUUCAAGUGGGAAAGCUAUGGAUCAUUUGUUCAUGAGUCUUUUCUUUUCUUUUUUUCUUUUUUUUUUUUUUUUAAUGGUCUAUCCCUGGAAAUUCUAAAGGAUUUUAAUUCAGGAACAUUUAUUGAUUCAACAGGAAGGAAACUUUCUGGUGCUGUCUUACAUUUUUAAUGUUUUUGGAGAUUUUUUUUUAUUUUUUACAAUGUUAUCCAUUUGAUGGCUUUGUCAUUUCUUCUUAAGACUAAUUUUCUGUUCAUGUCUUUCUCCUUGUUGUCCCACUUAGUUCAUACAACAGAAACAACCUCCACAGACUCUUGGCUGUGUCCGCCAUGAUUGUGUUGACAUGGCAGACAGGGUCCACCUGGCCCUAAGCAUUCCAGUGCUUGAAAAAAAGCAGGCUGUAUUCACCUGUGUUGCAGAAAGUGGGUAUUGAGUGUGAUUUGAGUGAUUUUUCAUUGGCUUAGGACAGAUUCUCAUGCAAAACUUCCCAGAUAAAGCGGGGGUGGUGGGGGGCCGCGGGGUGGAAUGUUCGUGAUUCUAAUAGGUAUCAGAUAGAAAACAGAAACCGUUUUAGGUAUUUCAAUAGAAGGAAUUUAACAGAGGAAAUUGACCUACAAAAAUAGUAAAAGAGAAGCCAAAUAAAAGGAAUCUAUGACCACCUAGGACUAUGAAAAGGUGUGGUCCCCUCGAUCCAGAAACUGGGGUUGCCCAUAGGAGCCGGAACGGUCAUGGUGGCUGCCUGGUGAGAUCUGAGAUCACCAAGAAUUGGGAAUUGGAGCCA